CAGCCGGGUCCAGCCCGGCAGCGGAGCUGAGACGGACCCAGACAGGCGCGCGCGCACACAGUGCAAGCGCCCCAGCCCCGCUGCCAGCCUCCGAUCCGGGAGCGGGACUCUCUCCUUCUCGCUCGGCCGGACACUUGGGGACUGGCCGUUCGGCGGCCACCCCCAGAGAAAGCCCUCGCUCGCUGCUGCUCCUGUGGCAUUCCCGGUGAUCCGUGAGGGCUCCUUGGCCGGAGCAGCAGCCCCAGCGGCGGCCCCAGGGGGGCAGACACCAUGGGAACGAGUUUCUGCACCCAAGGCAGGGAUGGCCCCAUUCUUCUCUGAUAUUGGAGGGAAGUAACCCAGCCCCUUCAGAAGCCCACUGUAAAAGCACAGCCCUGGGAAGGCCAAGAUUGCCCAGGACAGAUGUCGUAGCAAACACUCUGCCAGAGUCUGGGGAGGAAACAUGAAGCACUAGCCCCUACCCAGGAAAGGGUUUCAAGAUGGCGGCUCAGCGGAUCCGUGCAGCCAACUCCAAUGGGCUCCCGCGCUGCAAGUCUGAAGGGACUCUGAUCGACCUGAGUGAGGGCUUCUCAGAGACGAGCUUUAAUGAUGUCAAAGUGCCUUCCCCCAGUGCCUUGCUUGUGGACAAUCCCACACCUUUUGGAAAUGCGAAAGAAGUGAUAGCAAUCAAAGACUACUGUCCCACCAACUUCACCACUCUGAAGUUCUCCAAGGGGGACCACUUGUAUGUCUUGGAUACAUCGGGCGGAGAGUGGUGGUAUGCGCACAACACCACGGAGAUGGGCUACAUCCCUUCCUCCUAUGUGCAGCCCAUCAACUACCGCAACUCAACGUUAAGUGACAGCGGCAUGAUCGACAAUCUUCUGGACAGCCCUGAUGAAAUAGCCAAGGAGCUGGAAUUGCUGGGAGGAGGGUGGACGGAGGAGAAGAAAGGUUUGAACAAAGCCCACAAUAAUAACCCUUUCUGGAACGGGGUGCAAACAAACCCAUUUCUGAAUGGGAACGUGCCCAUUAUACCCAGCCUGGAGGAGGCAGCUCCCAAAACAACGGUGGAUUUGCUGCUCUUUGACACAGAGGCACCACCAUCUUUUACCACAACUGGUUCUGCGAUGACCAAUAGCAUUGGCAAUAUUUUUGACGAACUGCCGUCCACCAACAGACUCUCCAAUGCUGAGCAACCCAUCAAGCGAGAUAACCCCUUUUUUAGAAGCAAACGUUCAUAUAGUUUAUCAGAGCUGUCUGUCCUGCAAGCCAAGUCUGAAGCCCCAUCAUCGUCCAACUUUUUCACUGGGUUAAAAUCUCCAACCCCUGAACAGUUUCAGAGCCGAGAGGACUUUAGAACUGCCUGGUUGAACCACAGGAAGCUGGCCCGCUCCUGCCAUGACCUAGAUCUGCUUGGCCAAAAUCCUGGCUGGGGUCAGACUCAACCUGUGGAGACAAACAUCGUAUGCAAACUGGAUUCGUCAGGUGGAGCUGUCCAGCUCCCAGACACAAAUAUUACCCUCCACGUUCCUGAGGGCCAUGUGGCUCCUGGGGAAAUGCAGCAGAUUUCCAUGAAAGCCCUUUUAGACCCACCCCUGGAGCUCAACAGUGACAAAUCUAGUACCAUCAGCCCGGUCCUGGAGGUGAAACUGAGCAACAUGGAGGUGAAGUCAUUUAUCAUCUUGGAGAUGAAAAUUUCGGCCGAGGUAAGACAGGAUGUGGUCAGUAAAAGCACCGUGGCCUUGCAGUGUUUACGCAGUGACAUGAAGGAAGGGCCGUAUGUCCCAGUGCCUCUAACGUACAGCUAUGGAGACACGAUCCAAGUUCACUUGGAGAACCUGGAACCUUGCAUGUACAUAGCUGUCGUGGCCCACGGACAAAACAUUCUCUACCCUUCUACUGUCUGGGACUUCAUCAACAAGAAAAUCACAGUAGGGGUGUACGGCCCCAAGCACAUCCAUCCUUCUUUCAAGACGGUGGUCACAAUCUUUGGGCACGAGUGUGCACCGAAGACCCUGCUGGUAAGUGAGGUCACGCGGCAGGUUCAUGGUACUUCUCCAGUGGCUUUGCAGCUCUGGGGGAAGCACCAGUUUGUUUUGUCCAGGCCCCAGGACCUCAAGCUGUGCAUGUUUUCCAAUAUGACCAACUAUGAGGUCAGAGCCAGCGAGCAAGCCAAAGUCGUCAGGGGGUUCCAGAUGAAACUGGGUAAGGUAAGCCGCCUGAUCUUUCCCAUCACAUCCCAUGACCCCAACGACCUCUCAGACUUCACCCUGAGGAUCCAGGUGAAAGACGACCAGGAGGCCAUUCUCACCCAAUUCUGUGUCCAGACCCCCCAGCCCCCACCCAAGAGUGCCAUCAAGCCUUCUGGACCUAGGAGAUUCCUUAAGAAGAACGAGAUUGGGAAGAUUAUCCUGUCUCCUCUGGCUGCUACCACCAAGUACCCAACUUUUCAGGAACGUCCAGUGGCCAGCCUCAAGUUUGGAAAAUUGCUUAAGACAGUUGUGAGACAGAAUAAAAAUCAUUAUUUGCUGGAAUAUAAGAAAGGAGAUGCCAUAGCCCUGCUUAGUGAGGAGAAGAUCAAAUUGAAAGGCCAGCUGUGGACAAAGGAAUGGUACAUCGGCUAUUACCAGGGUAAGAUUGGACUUGUGCACACCAAGAAUGUGUUGAUUGUUGGGAAAAUUAGGCCAUGCUUUUUUUCUGGGCCUGACCUCAGUACCAGUGUGCUUCUGGAACAAAUUCUGAGGCCCUGCAAGUUUCUGACUUAUAUCUAUGCCUCUGUAAGGACCUUGCUUAUGGAGAACAUCAGUAGUUGGCGGUCAUUCGCAGAUGCCUUGGGUUACGUGAAUCUCCCACUCACGUUCUUUUGCCGAGCAGAAUUAGACAGUGAGCCUGAGCGGGUGGCCUCCGUCCUCGAAAAGUUGAAGGAAGACUGUAAUAACACUGAGAAUAAAGACAGAAAAUCUUUUCAGAAGGAGCUAAUGAUGGCUUUGCUGAAGAUGGACUGUCAGGGCCUUGUGGUCAGGCUCAUCCAGGACUUCGUGCUCCUCACCACAGCCGUCGAGGUGGCCCAGCGAUGGAGGGAGCUGGCCGAAAAGCUCGCCAAAGUGUCCAGGCAACAGAUGGAUGCUUAUGAAUCUCCACACCGGGACAGGAACGGGGUGGUCGACAGCGAGGCCAUGUGGAAGCCUGCAUAUGACUUCUUAUUGACGUGGAGCAAUCAGAUCGGGGACAGCUACCGGGACGUCAUCCAGGAGCUUCACCUGGGCUUGGACAAGAUGAAGAACCCCAUUACCAAGCGUUGGAAACAUCUCACGGGGACCCUGAUCCUGGUGAACUCCCUGGACAUCCUGAGGGCAGCUGCCUUCAGCCCCAUGGACCAUGAAGACUUUGCCAUCUGACGCGUGGGCUUUCCAUAUCCUGCCUGCUUUCUCUUUAUGAUGAAUGGCCCAGGGUGGAACUGCAGCUGAAGAGCAGGCCAGUCAUUGCAGACCAGAAGGCUCUGCUCCAGACCGGUACCACGGCCAAGGACUAAGCAUCUCCAAGUCCUUCUCUUUCCCAUCCCAUUCCUCCCCCUUCCUUGCUUUCUCCUAACCCAGGAACAUCCUGAAGAGAUUUUCUAUUGUAUAUUGUUGCCAAUCAAACAAACUUUCUACUUGUAAAGUAUAAAAUGAAAAAUCAUGUUUUUUAUAGAUAUUUGGAAAAACAUACAGAAUAUCUAAUUUUUUAACAGACAAAAAGAAAAAAAUAAAACCACUGAUGAGGUGGGGAAGAUACGAACUUUUUUCAGAUGUACAAAGACUUUUUUUUAAAUUAUGGUAUACAUUGUUUUCCUUGGAUCUUGUAAAUAUGUAUUUAAAAAAGAGUCCAGCAGGCCACUCUCUCCUUUUGACUCCCCUCCCCAGUUUUGCAUUUCAGCUCUGUGAGGCUGACAGGACUGCUGAUCCAGCGCGAUUAGGUUGAUGGAGUAGAUGCCAGCUUCGAAGGUCCUGAGAGGGGGAAGCCUUUCACCAAAAGACUGGUCUACACUCAUUCGCGAAUGCCCCAGGCCCCAUUCUCUGGGGUUUUGUACCAUUGGAGUUUUGUUUAUUUGGGGAUUUCUUGCUGUGCAAACCAACCAGUGCACCUGUGAGCUUUUGCUGGAAGAGUUGGAGCUGACCUUAUAAUCGUGUUGCGUAGUUCUCAGAAGAGAUGCUGUCACUAGCCAUCAAGAAGCAACUGGGGGAAGAAAAGACAACCUCUUACUCAGUGGAGGCGUUGUCUGACCUAACUCAGAACUCCUGUCUUAUAUUUGGUGUAGCUGGCAACUCAAAAGACAGACCCCCUUUGUGGUUUACAGUCACGGAUUACCCAGCAGUGAGAAGCCACUGGAAUCUUUCUCCCCUAGACGAGGCAGGCAAACCGGUCCUUAAAAAACUUGUCACAUAGUCAGUGGACGUGAUUGGGAGAAAAACAUCCCUCUAGGCUCUGGCUUGGUUCCAGAUGCAGCAUCUGGCAAACUCUUCCUCACCACUAACAUCAAUAUAUUCGGAGACAGCCAAAUCCGGAGGACCAUUCGAUGGUAAUUCCUCGGGUGCUUUGGGAGCUCCAUUUGCCAAAUUAAUAUAUAACUUUGGUCCCUUGGGAAUCCACUGGUGUUCUUCUUUGUUCUCCCUGUGGGCCCUUGGAAAUAGUGGGUGUGAAAAGUAUUUUAGCUCAAUGAGGAGAUGUAAUUUUGAGUGAGAAAUAUAUAAUUUUUUUUUCAGAAAGGGAAAAUGGUACCCCAUACAGUAAAAACCAAGUCCUUGGUUGAAACUAAGGUUCAUAACCACAACAAAAGAAUACCUUUGUGAAGCAAACUGGGGUGGAUGUGUGGGUAGGUUGCUGGCUGUCUCUGUGUUUGGGUGAUUAGUGUCUGAAUCUAGGAAGGGAGAGGAUGACCUAGGACUGACCUGGUAGAUGCUGAGGAGCCCAUUUCACAUUCAAGGAGAACAAUCCCCUUCAUGAGAAAGGACACAGCUUUGCUCCCUGGCUACCCACCUUCUCACUUAAUUUCUGUUCUGAUGGAGUUGGCUUGUCUUUCUGCUGGGCCCCAGUGGGAAUCCAGAGCAGCUGGUAUCACAAUUGAGGAAAGUCUGCCCCAAACUAGCGCCAGGAGUGGUUUUCUGCUGUAAGCCAAGCAGAUGUUUCCAAACGAUGGAAUUAGUUUCCCCAAUCAAAAUGAGAGAGAUGUCUCUGAUUCUCCCUGAGCAUUCCCAGAACAGCCUCCCUCCCACCCCCCACCCAGGGGAUCCUGGGCUUCAUCUCGCAUCUUCUCCCCAAAGAGAAAAAAAAUGGCCGUUUGCACCUUAAAUUCACAUCUUUUCCUCAGGGGCUUCGAGUAGUUUCCUAUGCAGCUUACCUUGUAGCACAACCAAAUUCACCAAGUUGCAGAAGCUUUUCUUUGAAUGUUAUAACCUGUUGAGUGGUUUGUUUUUUUUUUUUCUGCACCAAACCAAAAUCUAAAUAAAAUUCAAAUGAUUC